AUGGUGACCCAACUCAACACCCUUGAAGGUCCAGAGUCAGAGAGUCAGAACAUCCGUCAGAGCUUUGCAGAGAUACUUGGCGACAAGUACCACUACGCGAAUGCCAUCAACAGCUCUCUGCUCUGGACUGUUGGGUACACCCCCUACAUUCCCCCAGUUCUGAAAGGAAGAAGCUUCCCCUCUGUCGAGAGCUUCUUCCUGGAUGAGUGGGAGCCACUGACACUCCAGCAGACUCCUCAGGUUCUGUCCACCAGUGUUUCCAUCGAAGAAGACAACCUGAACCAGUCGUCUGCAGGCCUAGUAUCUCAGGUUCUGUCCACCAGCCUAGUGUCUCAGGUUCUGUCCACCAGUGUUUCCAUUGUGGAGAAUGACCUGAUCCAGUCUGCUGCAGGCCUAGUAUCUCAGGUUCUGUCUACUAGUGUUUCCAUCGUGGAGAAUGACCGGUUCCAGUCUGCUACAAAUCUAGUGUCUCAGGAUGAGGACUCCACCCUGAGAGCCUCCAACCAACCUGAGGUCCAUGUGGCUGAUGUGUCAACCAAGGGAAGUAGACUUACCAUCACUAUUUCUAUGGGUUCAACCAAGAGUAGCCAUGUUGCUUUACGUGAAGUUGAUGCUAGUGCUACCAGCCUGGAGCAGUCUGCUGAGAAAAUGUCUACCUCUACUACUGAUGUCAACGACAUCUCAUCAACUGCUGCUGCCAAGAAGAAGAAGAGGUGUGGAUUAUUCUCAUCUCUCUGGAGAGCUCUCAGGGGGAAGAACAAGAAGCCUGCUAAAGUGGCUUCCAAGAAAGAGGAUGAAAUCAACAAGGAUGAGAGCCGCCUCACCUGCCACCACAACACUGUACAGGGAGAUCACUGAUGCAGGCACCAACAAUGGUGUUUCUAUUUUUUCUUCAUCCCCAA